GUUCAUUCAUGUCAAACAACAUGCCCACCAUUUUAGUCAAGUUUAAUUGUUAAUUAGAGGCGUGAUUAUUGUCACUUAUAUAUACGAAUGAAAACGUUGUAUCCAGUAUUUGUAUGGAACUAGGAUAAGUUAUAAUCGUCUGCUAGAUGUUGGACAAGAUCUGACCUCAGAAUGUUGACACCAUUUUCGCUAAUUGUUUCAUUAGCAACUGUAUCAGUCACAACCGGGACGUAUGUAAUAUCUUUCCCAAACUCACUAAUCCCGGGUAUUCCAUUACAAAUACGAGUUCUUGUUCAGAACUGCAAUGGACCAGUGUCUGUAUGGGCUGGUCUGAAAUAUGUACAGAAUGAUUCCCUGGUAGCAGAAAAUACAACAUCUGUUCAGAGUGGAAUAUCUACGACACUGUCUAUCAAUGUACCAGGUAACUUGCUACCUUCAGAAUAUAAAGUAGAUACUUUGGGGUCAGGAGGCCUUGUUUUUGAAAACAGUUCUAACAUUCGUUUUGAAGAUAGAGGUUUGAUAGUGUUAAUCCAGACUGAUAAGACACGAUAUUCCGCAGGACAGACAGUUAAGUAUCGAGCAGUACUUCUUCUUCCGAACCUGUUGAACUUCCAAGGACAAGCAACUGUUACAAUUCAGGACGGAAAUAACAAUAGAAUUGAAGUCAACGGACCAAAUUCCGUUACCAGUGGCGUCAUUUCGGGACAAUUAGAGCUCAGUAGAUAUCCUGUCUUUGGAAGCUGGAAACUUGUGAUUGAUGCUAUGGGUAAAACAACCUCAAAGACAUUUGAAGUAAAUGACUAUGUUCUUCCAAGGUUUACAGUUCAAAUUACCUUACCGACAGAAAUACAUUCAACACAAACGACAUUUACAGUAGACGUGGAAGCAACGUUCACGUUCAAUACAGACGUCAUCGGAAAUUGCACUGUUUUAUUUUACAACGAAGAUGAGCCUUCGAAUAACUUUUCACUUAAUGCAGAGUUGAAAGGGUCAGUACAGUUUACUGUUCAGAUGUCCCAGAUAAACAAUAAAUUAGACCUGGACUCAAGGAUAAAUAUCCGAGCUACGGUGGCCGACAACGCUACAGCUCUGACAAUGGUAGCCGAAAGAUCACUUAACAUUGUAUUCGACAUACAGCAUUCUGUUACCAUCUCCAAAGUUGACCAAUACAGAAACAGUUUCAUACCAGGAAUGACCUAUCGUACAAAGCUCCUCGUCCAACGAGGUAAUCAGCCAGUCGGGCAAAGUGGGUACUUAACUGUGACACCGACAGUAACUACUGCUGUUUUGGAAACGUGCACCCUGGGAAAUCCUGCAUAUACAUGGCUCAAUGUUCAGGAUGUUACUGGGGAAUCUAUGUCAAUUCCUUUCAAUGAGUUAGGAUAUGCAGAUCUUAGCUACCAUGUUGAUGAUAACGCAGAAAUGUUAUCCUUAAAGGUACAGCUUAAUGAUCCCAGUAUACAACCAUUUUCAACUUACAAAAGAAUUUACCUGUAUCCAUUGUCUACUAGUAUGCCGUUAAUGCGGAUAUAUGCCAACAAAGUACAGACAGUGGUCGAUGAAAGCGUCUCUCUUGAUAUUACUGCAACAGAAAAUCUCAAUGGAAAUCUAACAUUCGAAGUUUAUUCCAGGGGUAUGCUGCUGACAUCCGAACAUGUAGCAAUUAACGGUGUAUCGAAUAAAACACAUAAUAUAUAUGUGACAAAAGAUAUGAUUCCACGGGCCUACAUCUUAGUCCAUCACUUAACUCACUCAGGUUAUUUGAUUGCUGACUAUGUCUUCAUACAAGUCGAAGGGAAUCCAGUCAGUAACGAGGUUCGAGUAUCAUAUGGUCAAUAUCUUCUUCAACCAAGACAAAUAGUGGAUAUUCGUAUAUCUGCCGAUCCCAGAUCAACUGUGUACGUAUUGGUGGAGGACGAACGAAAUCGUAUCAUUGGAACACACAACGAUAUAUUCUAUUCAGAUGUUAUAAGCGGAAUAUCGGGUACGAGUUACAACGUGUCUGAGAACAUUCUAAAGAGUACAAACAACAAACGAAAGAAGCGAGAUGCUAUGGUAAACAAGUUGUCAUUGGCCAAACGUUCACAUGGAUCGUUAUGGUAUCUGCAUGACGUACAUAUCGAAACUGGGCUUUUAAUUCUCUCUGAUGCUAACAUUCUGGAAAAGAAGAAGGAUUUGCUUUUAGACGAAGGAUAUCAGCGACAAUGCGUGCCACCAACAACAAGAGAUCCAAGGGAUUGGAAGUCAAGACUCGAUGAGAUACCGCGGGAUCCUGAUUCACUUAUGUACACACAAUCAGCGGCUGGAGAAGACAAUACCAUAUAUGAACCCAUGAUUACUCUAGAUCUUCCAGGGCCGAAUUUAGGGGAAAUUGUAAGAAGUCUAUUUCCGGAAACUUGGAUUUGGGAUGAGUAUAAUAUCGGUGCAUCUGGAGAAAUUAGCAUUAAGAAAACAGUUCCUGACUCUCUUACAACCUGGGUGACAUCAGUGUUUGCGGUCAACCCAACUACAGGAUUCGGAAUAUGCAAUGACAAACCAGAGUUAACAGUCAAGAAAAACUUUUUCUUAACAAUGGAUCUUCCAACUUCUAUUAUCCUCGGCGAAGAAUUCCUUUUGCAAAUAACUGCGUUUAAUUAUUUACCAUAUCGACAACAGGUGUUUUUACAAGUAACCUUAUCUGAGGAUCCGAAUAACCCGAUUCCUGCUGCUACAAUUGUGCAAGCAGGAGAGGGACAUUCAACUUAUGUGUUUGUCACCCCUAAGUCACUUGGAGAUUUAAAUAUAACGGUGAUGGCUCGAACUGGUUUCUUUUCUACAUCAAUUUCUGACAUGCUGGUGAAAACUGUCUUGGUCAGGCCAAAUGGCGUGCUCAAAUCUGUCAAUGAACAACAUUUGAUAGAUGCCAACCCAGACAAUGAGCCUAUUACAAAAACUUUCGAGUUAGGAAACCCUGUAGACAUGGUGGAAGGGACAAAAAUAUUGGAAAUGAAAAUAACAGGAAAUCUCAUGGUUCCUAGCCUUGAGGGUCUACAUAAUCUGAUACGAAUGCCAUAUGGUUGCGGAGAACAAGCGAUGCUGAAUUUUGCUCCUGCUAUCUAUAUAACAAAAUAUCUGAAAACGGUCGGAAAAUUGACACCGAAGAUUCAAAAGAAAUCUACUGAAAGUCUCAAGACAGGACUUCAAAGGGAACUUAGAUAUCAGCAUUAUGACGGGUCAUUCAGUGCAUUUGGUAAGACAGAUCCAUCAGGUAGUUCAUGGUUGACAGCUUUUGUUCUGAAAUGCUUCGGCCAAGCUGACGGACUUAUUCAAAUUGAUGAAGCUAUAAUGUCCAAAGCUAUGAACUGGCUAUUAACUUGUCAGCAAUCUGACGGCUCGUUCAGUGAGCCUGGAAGAGUUAUACAAACGAGCAUGCAAGCGGGAACUGCCUCAGGAAUAAAGAUGACAGCAUUUAUUUUGAUAUCUUUGCUAGAGAACAAAAACAUAUCAUCAGUACGGGGUUACAAGCUCGAUAAUGCAAUCACUAAAGGCAAGACAUAUUUAGAAGCGAGGAUGCACACUGCUUAUGACGCAUACACUCUAGCCAUUGUUUGCUAUGCCCUUGCAAGUGCUGGCAGUUCAUACGGUUCAACAUGUUUUGACAAACUGAAGAUGGCUGCUACAAUUGACGAUGAUAAAAAGUACUGGACGGCAUCGACAACAGUUGCAAAAAGAGAAAUAGGUGAUCGAUCUCUUGCAAAAAGAGCUCCAUCUGCAGACAUAGAAGCGUCAUCAUAUGCUCUUUUGGCUUAUAUGAAACUAGGAAGAACAUCAGAAGCUUUCCCAAUUGUGAAAUGGCUUGUUUCUCAACGUAAUCCAACAGGGGGAUACCGUUCAACUCAGGACACAAUCAUAUCUUUGCAAGCUCUCUCCGAAUUUUCAAGCAGUGGCAGUGGCAGCAUUGGACCACCUCCGGAUUAUGGUGUACAGUUCAGUAUCUUGAGCGGACAAGAUGCCAUCGACUCAUACUCGGCGACCCCUUCUACUUUCGAUGUCGUGCACAGUAUAAAGAUACCAAACGCUCUGGAUAGUGUCAAUAUACAAAUCACUGGGACUGGUUCAGCGGUAAUUGAUGUUACAACAUCCUUUUACGUGACUGGAAGUGAGCUUGAUGACUACAUUGCUGUGGUUGUUACAAUAACAAACGAGACGAUAAAUACAGCGACGAUAAAGGCAUGUUUGAGUUGGACUGGACCAGAAGCGAGUGGUAUGCUGAUAAUGGAAGUUGAAAUGCCGACUGGAUUUCAGCCUGAUAAUGAUUUUCUGAAAGCGCAGGAUUUGAUAAAACGGCAUGAAACGAAUGGACGGAAUAUCGCUCUUUACUUCGAUGGUGUUGACGAGAAUGGGGAGGUAUGUGUUGAUGUAAAAAUGGACAGAAAAGACCCAGUUGUAAAAAGUCAAGCAUGUCAUGUAUCAGCGUAUGACUAUUACGAACCAGCCCACCAAGCAAUGACCAGAUAUGAAUUUGGAAUGUUAAAAGAAGCAAAUAUUUGUCUAGUGUGCCCACUUUGCGAAUUUUGCAUGGGCAAUGGAAGCGGUGGACAGGCUGGCGUCGGACGUUAGGUCUGUGGAGAGAAAUGACAUGUCCUUGUACCCCCCUGAAGACGCUUUGCAUUUAUCUCAGCAAAUCAUACUGACGGAUCUAAAAACAGUUUUUAAAAAUCCUUCUGUAAAAUACUCCUUAUGACAAAUCAUAUUUUAAUUGUCUACUAAUGGUGUUUGGAUAACUGGUGAUAUAGUGUUAAAGAAAUCUAUUUCCUCGUGGUCCUGACCAAUAAUACAGUUUUAAGAGUCAUCUUUCUUAUUUGCUUACGGUGUUUGAUCAGUGACAUAGUAACAGUGUUGUCGUUAAAUAUUUGCUUAUGCUUUUUGACCAAUGAUACAGUGACAGUAAAUACUGUAUCUGUUACCUUUUUAAUUACAUUGUAUUAGAAAUAAUUUACGUUUGUAUACAAUAAACCUGCUUAAAUUUUCAAAUCGAUUGCCAAACAUAAACUAAGAUGCAUCAAACAGUGAAUACAUCCACUUAAGAAUAGCGGAUAAGUAACCCCUGUGAUGUUACCUGAUACAUGUAUCUUACUUUAAUUUAAAUGAAUUCGUGAAUCUAUUUUCGAAACAUUUGUUUGACACAAAAUUGCAGUUUUUUAAUUAAUUUGUUUCACAAAAAAUGACAUUGAAUUUGAUGGGAUCUUAUUACCGUGAGCGUAACGUUCAGAUUCAAUUUGAUAGAGUUUUGUUUCAUAAAUGUGUCGUGUAAGUAAUGAUAUUGUAUGUUUUCAGUUUAACAUGAAUCACCAUCAAAAUCAGUCUGGUUCGUUCUAAAUGUAUUAAUACUUUUCACGACAUCGCUUGUUUCUGUCUUAAAGUUUAUGACACAUAAGCAUAAUACAGUAAC